AUGCAUCUACCAUUUGGAUGGACGAUGGAUAUACGAUACCCGCUACUAUUGACGCUGAUCGCCAUGAUCGAUCUCGUCAUCACGUUGAAGGACGUGCGCGUCAGUGUUCCGGUCGCCAUCAAGCGGGGCGAUAAUGCAAAUUUGAUCUGCCAUUACGACAUGGAGGGUGCCGAGCUGUACUCCGUCAAGUGGUACAAGGGAAAGCGUGAGUUUUUCCGCUACACACCGAAGGAAAUUCCCGCCCUGAAAUCGUUCGUCGUCGCGGGACUCUCGGUGGAGCGCCCACUAUCGAACGGCAGCCAUCUCACAUUGAUGGCCGUGGAGCCAACGGCAACCGGUAAAUACAGCUGCGAAGUGUCCGCCGACCUGCCGUCAUUCGAUACGAUGAUCGUAUCCAGCGAGAUGGAAGUUGUUGACGUUCCUGUAACAAAGCCGCUAAUUACGGGCAUCAAACAGUUCUACCGAAUAGGUGACGUAGUGCUGGGGAACUGCACGUCCUACAACUCCAAACCAGCCGCCAAUCUUUCCUGGCUGUUGGACGACAAAAAGGUCAACGCAUCACAAAUGAUGCAGUACCCGGUGUACAAGGAUCAUCGAAGCGGACUCGACACCUCUACCAUUGGACUGUUCUUUCAUCUCUCACAUCACUUUCUCGGACGAAGUAAAUUGAAAUUUAGCUGCAUUGCAAAAAUUCACGACGUCUACGAACAGCGCGUCGAUCGGUGGAUCGAGGAUGAGCGGCCGAAGCUGAUGGCCGCCUCGGCGUCACCGGUUGGGCUGAAUCCGGUCAACUACGUCCAUUCGAUCUACGACCAGUCGUCGGCCGCAUCUUCCUACCACCAUCACGAUGGUAGCGAUUUCGACAAUCAGAACAGCGAUGCCUACAUGACACAAAUACAAGGAGACAUGUCAUCUUCAGCAUCCAGUCUCGGUGCGGGGCGAAUAAUCCUUACGCUUGGCGUUCUGCAUUCUGGCAGCCGGACAGCACUGGUAGCGGUUAUGCAAAUAGUGUUUUCAACCGUAGUGGCAUUGCUUUCCGGUGCAGGAAGUGUAGGUCAACGGCCGGCGUCUUGUGGUCGCCGCCGGCGCACCCGUCACCUCUACGCAAUCUGA